AUGGCACCAUCAGCAACAACCGAAUCUGCCCUCUCAACCCAAAAGAAGAUUGGAGAAGGAGAUGUACAGGUUGAAGAGCAUGAGAAAAUUGAACAUAUUCAUGGUGGAGAUGAUUUAACGCCGCUAGAGGCUAUUAGCCAUGGAGGUGUGCUUAUGUCUGGUAUCCCAACCUUCCCUACUCACGAGGCCCACCGCCAUCACAUCCUCAUCCACAUGGCAGCCGUCUUCCGUGACUUUUCUCGUCGUGGUUUCACAGAAGGGAUGGCAGGACAUAUUUCCGUUCGAGACCCAGAGUUUGAAAAUUACAUCUGGAUGAAUCCUCUUGGAAGACAUUUUGGUCUGAUGACUGCUGGUGACAUGAUAUGUCUGGAUUUAGAUAGUGGGAAAGUCGUUGGAGGCAAUAAGUCUCGUCCCGCUAAUGCUGCUGGAUUUUUGAUCCAUUCCGCAAUCCAUAAAGCACGUCCUGAUGUUCAUGCUGUUUGUCACGCACACACAGAUGCUGGGCGGGCAUGGUCCGUCUUCGGUCGCCCCCUCGACAUGUUAAACCAAGAUAUAUGCAACCUCCACAACAGCAUCGCAGUAUACGCUGCAUACGGUGGCAUCGUAUUCGCCGCCGAAGAAGGCGCCAACAUUGCCCGCGCCCUUGGUAGUCACAAUAAAGUAGCAAUUCUACUAAACCACGGAUUAUUAAGCACUGGAUCCACGGUCGAUGAAGCUGGAUACUUAUUCACAUUAUUAGAUAGGGGAUGUCAGAUACAAUUGCAAGUUGAAGCGGCUGUAGGUGGAACCAGAGAUGAGAAUGGACAGUUGAAGAAAGGCGUUCAUGUUAUUAGUGAUGAGGAGGCGGCGUAUAAUUUUAAAAUGGCAAGUGAGAAGAAUGCGUUGUAUGCUGAGAUGCAGCCGGAUGUUGACUAUGAGAUGGAGAUGGCGGGGCCUGGGGUUGUCGAGAGAGGGGUUGAGGGACAGAUGAUAGAUCAUGGGUUGUGA